AUGGAAAAACCCCACCUGAAGAAGAAACCUCGGCGCUUCUGUGAACAUUGCAGCCUUGAACUCUCUCAUGCACAGUAUUAUGACCACAGGAGGCGCUAUUUCAGAAAUGGAGUUUGGGAGAAAAAUCUCCAAAGGACUCGGUCCGAUAACGCACAGAUCCUGUUAUCCCGUCACACCGGAGGGAGGUCUGUGCGUCCUGGAGCUGGAGAGACGCAUGAGCGUGAGAUGCAGACCGAGCACCCAGGGAAAGAAGUGAAGGAAGAACAUGAAGACAACGUAAAGAGUGUGUCAAUCAACCCGCCUUCAACUCCUCUUGGACCCGAUCCACAAGUUUCAGCCAGUCCACAGACUGAGGACAAAGUGCUGACUGCUCUCUGUGGACUGUCUGAUCAGCUUAAUGAACAUGCUGCCGACAUAAACGAGCGCUUCACUCAACUGCUGAAUUCAGUCAACUCCAUCGAGGAGAAGGUGGCGGCUCUGGAGUCGAACGACUGUGCGGGAGAAACAUACUCAAAGAGGAGAAGACGGGUGCACAAUCCCAAGCUUGCGGAAGCAGUUCGCCGUCUUCACAACUCAAAGACUAAUCCCAGGCGCUACGAACCAGAGCAAGGACUAAUUUCUCCUCAUAAUGAGGCAGUGACCUCCUAUUUGCUCAAAGCAGUAUCUGAAAGUCAUGAUUUACACAAUGUUGAUAAAGACCGCAUUGUGUCCGCCUGUAAGACCUAUUACGAGACGCUCGGAGUCGAGCGAGAAGAAAGAGGCUGCUGGAAUCGAGACAGAGCGUCCUAG